GUACAAUUUUAGGUCUUCUUCCUUAACAAAUUCACACGCAACAAAUUCUAUUACAAACCAUAAAACAUAUAAUGUGGGAAUACGAGCACCGAACAAAGCAAAGGUAAAACCAGAUCGAAAAGGCAAACAUAUUAUGUCUCAAGUUCCUUAUAAUGAACCAGAGAAUAGUUUAUUACCAAAUCAGCGGAAUCGUCCAGAAAAUAUUUAUAACUUGGAACAAAAAGUUGAUGCUCUUGGUGCUCAAUUAACCCUGAUUGAACAAACAUUAAAUAAUUUGAAGAAACAUCUUGAUGAAUGGUGUAAAGCAUGUGAACUUGAAUAUUUCCAAUCCAAUUUUGAUAAGUGGACUAGCGGAAACAAAGUUAUUGAUGCCUUUAUACAAGAAACUCAACUAUUAGCUACCACUAAAUUUCAUUUCUUAGAGUGGAUUCCUUACUCUUCAUUAACUAAUAUUAAAUAUAUUGAUAAAGGUGGUUUUGGUGAUGUGUACUCUGCAAAUUGGGUUGAUGGACCGAGAAAAAAAUGGUGUGCUGACAAAAAUGACUGGGGAAGAUACUCAAACGUUGACGUCGCGUUAAAAAGUUUGUCAAAACUUAAAGAUGAAGACUUUACCACUGAUCUUUUUGAAGAAGUACGUAUUAUUGUUUCGUUCUCUCAAGAAAUAUGGAGUAUGCUCAAAUCUCACUUAACGUCCAACAACCAGGUGUCAGGUCGAUUUACCACUUUACGCACCUAUGGCAUGACUCGUGAUCCUAAAUCAAAGGCCUACAUGAUGGUGAUGACAUUAGCAGACUAUGGUGACUUAUCGGCAUACUUAAAAAAAGAAUUUUCUACACUCUCUUAUAUUCAUAAACUCGAGAUUCUUUAUGACAUAGUUACUGGUAUUUGUCAGAUUCAUAAGUCUGGACUUGUGCAUCGUGACUUACAUAGUCGUAAUGUGAUGUGUCAAGGAAUAAAAAAUAGGAGUCUAGGCCGUGGUGAGAUCAAUCGAUUUGUAAUUGGUGAUUUCGGCCGGGCGAUUCCACUAAAGAAAGAUGACAAUAAUGAUGUGUGU